UACACCGCAAGGCGUACAGUGAACGAGCUGACACGUACGUCCGUACGAGCAGUGGUUUCUCUGAUCCUUUUUCUGCGCCGUUUGAAUCACGAACUUGGGCCCUUGGUCAGGUCUCGAAGGAAAAAAAGUGGGCACACCGUCUUCAGAUCGUUUUGGAAACUACGAAUUACCUACGGACGAUAGCAAAGAAAGCCUAGGCUGAUCUAGAUCUAAUCGUGACGAGCAACGAGGUAUACAUUUUCGACCAGAAUACAGGGUGUCAGGGACCAGAAAGGUCCUCGCAAGGCUCAACACAACAUGUCUGGAGGCGGUGGCGAAUAUAUCCACCCGGCAGAAUACCCUAGCCUGUCGGAGCAGGAAGCCGAAGUGGUGAGAAAGAUCCACGACUUCACCGAACGGUACUUCCAGGACCCACGGUUCGACGCGUCCCACGACUUUGGCCAUGUCAAGAGAGUCGUCAAUAAUGCUCUCUCCAUCCUCACGGUGGAAGAAGACGACCGGAAACGCAGAGCCAUGCCCGCCUUGAACCCCAUGAAUGUGAUCCUGGGCGCGUUGCUCCACGACGUCGAGGACAAAAAGUACAUGGCCCCCACCACCGAAAGCUCGUCGUCGUUGUUAUCGUCGUCGUCAUCGUCAUCACCUCUUAUCAAAGCCAUCGUCGAGGCUGGCAUGUCCGUGGACUAUGCAGAGCAGAUGCGUGUGUUGGUCGAGGGCGUGUCGUAUUCCUCCGAGGUCAAAAACCCGCAGCGUGUCUUGGAUUUGCUGGAGGUCCUUCCGGAACUCGCCAUUGUUCAGGACGCUGACAGGCUCGACGCGAUUGGAGCGAUCGGGAUCGGUCGGUGCUUCACCUUUGGCGGUGCCAAGGGUGCCCGGACUCUGGAGGAUUCGAUUGAGCAUUUCCACGACAAGUUGCUGAAACUCGAGAGUAUGAUGAAGACACCGGCUGGCAAACAAUUGGCCGCGGAGAGGUCUCGUCGGAUCCGUGAAUUUGUUGACUGGUGGAAGGAUGAGGUAGGGCAGACAGGAGCUUGAUGAAGGGUCUGCAACAUCUCCCGUUUACCAGCAGUCUUGCAAGAGACAACAAUACGGACCACAUGACAAGUAGAGGUGGGGCUUGGACACUCUACUCAUAUUCAGGUUUCCUCAGCCUCGCCUGGCUCGCCAAGUUCUUCGCCCGCCUGCUCUAGCGGAUCAGAUCCUUCCUGGGUUGUCGAGUGUGGUGUCACCCCAGCAGAGCCUGUCUUUGGCGGAGGCGCUACAGGUGUGCCCUUUCGAGAUGACACAUGGUCCUGCUCUGCGCUCUUCUUGGCUCCUUCGGCAAACAUAUCAUCAAAUCCACCUCUUGGGGAAAUCGCACCGUGAUGUCUCCCUUUCCGUGCGCGAGCAGGAGCUGGUCCAGCUGGAGGUGCAGCAUUAGGGUUCAUCAUCGGGGGCGGCGGGACAUUCGGGUUGACCAUCGGUGGUGGAGCAAGAUCUUGAGCAGGGGCAGGCUGGAAGCUGUUGGCAGAGUCUGCUGCACCUUGUCCAUCUGCGGUUUUCGUGUCCGCGUCAAAUAGAUUUUCUCCUGGUGCUUGAACCUCUUCGCCCAGUCCCACGGGCAGGCGAUGUAGCGCACCGAAUCCAAGCACGGCACCGAGUGCACCUUCAC